GAAUGGUAUGGGAGAGUGAGGCCAGAGAGCAUCAAACAAUAGGUGUGGUGUCAUGGGAGGCUGAGUGUGUGGCACAGAGCCCAGUGUUUAUGCGAGAGCAUCAACAACAGAGGAGAUGGUGUGACUGGAACCUGUUGUUAUCAUUGGGCAGGACUGGACCACUGUUUGGAUCAGGUAGGGAACACAAAACGUAGCACAGUUUGAAGGACAUUUUCAGUUAGGUGGCUUUAACUGACCGACUUCUGGACAAGGUGCAUGUAGUUAAAGUCUGAAUGGAGCUGCUGGACCAUUGAACUAAAUGGGAUGUUGACUGAUUAGCUUAUGAGCGUCCAACAACAAGGCUGGAGAUUACAUGGAGACAGGACAGCGGGGUGUGACGGGGAGAAAUGUGCAGACUACCACUGCCCUGUCUGAACCGGGACUCUGAAAGAGACAUGGAGCCCUGUCAAGGGAGUCCAUCCCGAACUCUCUCCACCAUGUCGCUAUCUGUUCGCCCAGCCAGACGCCUCACCUCCACAUCCAUCACUAGGAGUCAGAGCUUCACUGGAGUUAACACCCACGACAAGCCCUACAGGAACCUCUCAGUGUUCAGCACUCCAGGUCUCAGCAGGAAGCCCAGCAGAGCCAGCAGGAUGUUUACCAUGUCCACCAAGUCCAACCCCCCACCUAAGGUCCCUCAGCCUGAGCGACUAGACCAGGUCUAUGAAGCGUUGAAGAAAGGCCUUCAGUCCUACCUGCAGGUCCAUCAGAUGGACUGGGACAAUCUCAGCAGAGAGAUGAAAGAAUCAAAGAGGAACUCCAGACUGGGUUUCCUGUAUGAGCUGGACAAGCAAGUGAAGGUGACUGAGAGGUACAUAAGACGACUGGAGUUUCACCUGAGCAAGAUUGACGAGCUAUAUGAAGCCUACUGCCUGCAGAGGAGACUCCGAGACGGAGCCAACAAGAUGGUGAAGGCUUACACUGGCUCUCAAGGCAGCAAGGAGGCCAGGGAGAGUUUAGCAGAAGCCAAUAAAGGAUACAAAGAGUACACAGAGAACAUGUGUGUGUUGGAGAGCGAGUUGGAGAACCAGCUGGGGGAGUUCCACAUUAAGAUGAAAGGUCUAGCUGGAUUUGCUAGAUUGUGUGCUGGGGACCAGUAUGAGAUCUUUAUGAAGUACGGUCGGCAGCGGUGGAAGCUGCGUGGCAGAAUAGAGAUCAAUGCCAAACAGGUGUGGGACAGUGAAGAGAUGGUGUUUGUGCCGCUCGUCAGUGAGUUCCUCUGUGUGAAGGUGACAGAGCUGAAGAGCUUAGCCAAUCACGUGGUUGUAGGAAGUGUUUCCUGCGAGACUAAGGACCUGUUUGCUGCACUCCCCCAGACGGUUGCCGUGGAUAUUAAUGACCUCGGGACUAUUAAGCUGAGCCUCGAAGUCACCUGGAAUCCAUUUGAUAAAGAUGACCAGGGCUCAGUGGCUAGCAGCGUCAACAAAGCUCCGACCGUCAGUAAGAGACUCUCAACCAUCUUCAACCAGAGUCCGCCUGACACGCCAUCUUUACGUGAACAAGCCUUCUAUUCUCUGCCUCGGAGUGUGACCAGGCGGCAGCACUGGCCGCUGCUGGACAUCUUCAGAGACACACUUAGCCAGAGCUGUCCCUGUAGUGACAACUCACCGACGGGACAGCCCACUGCAAACAUGCUCCGCCGCCAUGACGAGCUAGAGAAUGGAACAGCGUGGUCCAAUUCAUCUGAGUCUUCUGAUGACUCCUCCAGUCCUCGGCUUUCUGUCGGAGGGCUACGCAACUCUACACAUCCAAAGGCAGUGGUGGUGACACCAGACAUCCAGCCGGCUGUAAGCGGAAGUUCCUCCCCACAGCCCGACGUCUCAUUUUGCCCCAGAGACUCCUCCUCCUUAACUCCAAACUCCCACUACAGAGUCAGCACUGUCAGUGAGGCUCCCAACGCAUCCACACACCAAGCACAGAGCAACAGGGAAGAGAAGAAGGAGACAGUCAGUGUUAAGACCAAACCUGACAGCAAGGAAGAGGACGCAGCAGUGCCUGCGGUGGUGACCAACAGCCAUGCCUCGCGCAGCUACUUACGCUCUCUGAGCCACAUCAGCGAAGGCAGUGCUGAUGGCGUCAUGAUGACGGACAGGUCCGCCGAGUCCGGAGAGGUCAUGUCUUUGGCCUCUGGGCUCUCCAUCACCGACAUUGAAAUGGAGAUGCUCAGCAGAACUCCUGAGCCGCCCGGCUCUGUCGCCGCAGACACGCAUUCGUUGCCAACCAGGCUCGGCUUCGUAGAGGAAAACCCAACAGGCGACGAUGUCACAGAUCAACGUCAACACAGGAAGCAACGGGACACAUCCAGCCCUGUCCGAACAUCCUCCUCCCCCAGGACCGAAGCAGUGGACCCUAACACUCCGUCACAAAUGAACACACAGCGAGAGUGCAACACACACCCAGAGAGCGGGGAUGAGACGUAUGUAGCCCGGCGCGUGUCGGUGGAGGAGGAGGAGAUGCCAGAUCGUGUGUCCGGAGAGGGAGGUGUUCUGGUGGACAGCGGGCUAGAAGACUCCCUGGCGGCGGUCGUUUCCUCUCUGGAUGAUUACAGAGGACAGUUCCCCGAGUUACAACUACUGGAACAAGAGCUGAAGCUGCUGCAGGUUACACUCAAGGGCGGCAGGCACAGCCGCUCACCCAGCAUGGCCAGCCUUACCGUGGAAACAGCGCUGGGCAGCUUCGACUUCCUCAACGUGUCGGACUGGGAGGAGGAAGAGGAGGAGAAGGGCGACCAGAGGAGUAGAAACAUCAGGUCUCUGCAGGACAGAGGCUGGGAUAGCCCCUCCACCCCCCUCACCACAGGCUGCACCACUUUAGACUGCUCCCUGGUGGUCCACCUGAAGAACUGCAGCACGCAGCUGUUGUGUCUGGGUAUGUUUGGUCCGCUGCGGUGCAGAGAGAUGUACGCCUUGGACCGACUGCUGCGAGAGGCUCGAGUCCUCGAGAUCAUUCGACGCAUCGCCAAGGACAACCCGAGACGCAUCAGACAGCCUGUUGUAGUGAUACCACAGCUGGGCCUGUGCUCGGGGGCCGUGUCACUAUGGCAACAAUGUGUGGGGCAGGGCAGUGUGUAUAGCAUCUCUGCCAACAGCUUCCGGGUUACGCUGUCUACAGUCUACUCCAGAACACUUCCUGAGAGGGCCAGCAACAUGGCCGACACAGUGUUCCAGUGUCUGGUUGAGCGAGUGCUGGAUCAGAAGUUACCACGGCGCAACAGAGACGGAGUGAUGGUGACGCUGUUCCAGCUGUGGAGCUACCUGGAGGCCAACAGCAUCAGUGACAUGGAAACACACAUCACUGAGCUGGCAGAAGAAGUGUGGUUGGUGCAGAGCCUGGCGUCGUGUGAGCAGGAUGUGAUUGUCCACGCUCUGCGGCGUCCUGCAGAGUGCAGCCUGAGAAGAGAAGGACUUCACGCUGUGGCCAAACUACUGAAAGACCCACGAGGCAAAGUGUCGGCCUCUGCCAGCUCUGUGCUGAGGAGCCUGACGGCCCAGCCCCGACAGAGAGAGCAGGCUUUGGUCAGCUGUUUGGAGCUGCUGGAAGAUGAGAAUGUGGACACCAGAGUCUGUGGCUGCAAGGCCUUAGCUUGUCUCAAGGCCAAAGAAAGUAUUGACCAGUUAGUGUAUCUGUGUCGGACAGACAAGGAUGAAGUCCGCGAUGCUGCCAAACAAGCGCUGCUGGUGCUCGGAGAGGAGGGGAAGAUGGCGCACAGGCACGUGGAGACGUCUCAGGACAGCAUACCGAGACUCUUCGCUCCAGGAAGCAUGGCCAGCACAGCUUUCUAACACACACACACACACACACACACACACACACACACACACACACACACACACACACACACACACACACAGACACACUGGGUGGGAACAAAACCAGAACAACACAAUAUGAAUGUUGUGUUUUGGCAGUGCUUUAACACUAUGUCAGAAUGAGAAUAUACAGCAGGUUGUUUCUUCUAUUGCCACUAAAACAUACAAAGACAAAUAUAGGGCAUGGUAUACAGUAUAUACACUGUCGGAGAGGUUGCAAUAAUACUCAGAUUAAAGGGUAAUUUCAUUUUUUCCUCAAUCUGGACCCUAUUUUCCUAUAUUUUUGUGUGUAAGUGACUGAUGGGAACAACAAUCUUUGAAACUGGUCCAGUAUUAAGCGUGAAUGCUACUGAAAUGCUUAGAUUAUUAUUUUAAGUGUCUGACAACAUUAUGGAAAGGAUCCCU